AUGUCGUCACUCAAAGUAGCGAUCAUCACAGGCGGAGCUUCAGGUUUCGGUCUGGCCGUGACGGAGGCCUUGAUCUCGAAGGGCUGGAAGGUGCACAUAUUCGACCUGAACGGCCUCGCAGGCAGUGCGGUCAGUUCACGGCUGCAAAACACGAUCUUCCACAAGGUGGAUGUGACGUCGUGGCCAUCAUUGUCCUCGGCCUUCGCUGCUGUAUUCAAACAGGAGCACGAAAGGCUGGACUUUGUCUUCGCCAACGCGGGAAUUCUCGAGAAGGGCAAUUUUUACGAAAGGCAUGACGUGACUAACGGUCCACCCCCCGAGCCCAAGGACCUGUCCAUCGAGAUUAACCUUAAAGGCGUUAUCGCGACGAGUUAUCUGGCACAGCAUUACUUCCGCGCGAACCCAGACAAAGGGAAGGGUGCUGUGCUAGUCAUGACAUGUAGUAUUGUUGGUCUAUACAAACAAGAGUUCACACCGUGGUACGCAGCAGCCAAAUCAGGGGUGCUGAAUUUCAUGCGUUCCAUUGCGCCGGUCCUGAAGAGAAAUGACGGCAUCCGAGCUUGUGCAAUACUGCCAAGCAUUGUCAAGACACCGCUGAUGGGCCCUGGGAUGUGGGAAACAUACCCACAGCACUUGUUUACACCUAUUGAGACCGUCGUCUCCGCUGUAGAGAUGCUGGUUCAAGGCAGGCCAAUGCGUGACUCGACAGGCAAAGAGACUGAUUCCGAGCAAUCGGAAGGGUUGGCUGUGGAGGUGUUUAUGGAUCAGAUCUUCUUCCGCGAGGAGCCGGAGCCUUGUAAUAGCGACAUGAAGGAAGUCCUUUACUCUCUGAGCUACGAGAAAAAGUUGGAAGCCAUGAAGACCAGGGCCCAAGAGGAAGUGGUCGAAGGCAAAGGGGACCCGAAGCUUUGA